UCAGGUCCUGAUGCCCAAGGAGCAAAGGGAUUAUGUGAAGGAGGAAAAAGUUACAAGAUGUGGUGUCAGUUUUCAUGGGGGCACGCCUGACCGAGACUGAGAUUUCUGAAGAGAAACUAAAAGUAGUUCCAGAAGACACAAGGCAGAGCUUCCCCACCGCCAGCUGUUUUCAGAGAGCAGAACAAAUGACCCAGGCCCAGGAAUCCCUGACAUUUGAUGAUGUGGCUGUGGACUUCACCUGGGAAGAGUGGCAGCUCCUGGCCCCGGCUCAGAAGGACCUGUACCGGGACGUGAUGUUGGAGAACUAUAGAAACCUGGUGUCAGUGGGUUUUCACACCAGCAAGCAAGAUGUGCUCUCCAAGUUGGAUCAAGGAGAACCAACAUGGACAGUGGAAGAUGACAUCCCCUGUCAAAUCCAUUCAGAAACCUGGGAACUUGAUGACUAUUUGCCAGAGCACUUACAAAAUGAAAUCCUGGAGAAUAGCCUAGAACGAUGGCACAAACAUAAAAUAUUUGAAAAUAACGUUCAUCAGAGCACAGCUCAUUUCGUGUUAAGGCAAAAUCAUGAUAUGUGUGAUUUACAUGGAAAAACUGUGAAACCAAACUUAACUUUACUUCACCAGAGCAGAAGCUAUGAAAUAAAGAACCCUGCAGAUCUUACUGGAUAUGGAAAAUCCUUUCUACAUGUUAAUAACGAACAGUUUCAUCCCAAAAUUAAAUUCCGAAAGCAGAAAACACAAAAAACAGACAAGCCUCAUGUAUGCAGUGAAUGUGGGAAAGCCUUCAUCAAGAAGUCCGGGCUCACUGAUCACCAGAUCAUUCAUACAGGAGAGAAACCCCACAGGUGUAGCCUGUGUGGGAAAGCAUUCUCCAGAAAGUUCAUGCUCACCGAACACCAGAGAACACAUACAGGAGAAAAACCCUAUGAAUGCACUGAAUGUGGCAAAGCCUUCCUGAAGAAAGCAAGGCUCAAUAUACAUCAGAAAACACAUACAGGAGAGAAACCAUAUAUAUGCAGUGAAUGUGGAAAAGGCUUCAUCCAGAAGGGAAAUCUUAUUGUACAUCAGCGAAUCCAUACUGGAGAGAAACCUUAUAUAUGCAAUGAGUGUGGGAGCUUCAUCCAGAAUACAUGCCCGAUGGCACAUCAAAGAUUUCACACAGGAAAGACUCCCUUUGUGUGCAGUGAAUGUGGAAAAUCCUGUUCCCAGAAGUCAGGUCUCAUUAAACAUCAAACAAUUCACACAGGAGAGAAACUCUUUGAAUGCAGUGAAUGUGGGAAAGCCUUUACCACAAAGCAAAAGCUCAUUGUCCUUCAGAGAACUUACACAAGUGAAAGACCCUAUAUCUGCCAUGAGUGUGGGAAAGCUUUUGCCUACAUGUCUUGCCUUGUUAAACACAAGAGAACACACACAAGAGAGAAAUGUGGAAAUUCAGUCAAAAUGGAAAAUCCUCCCUCAGAGAAUCACAGCUUAUCACAGACUAGCAGUGCCAUGCAGGAGAAAGACCUUGUCAAUACAGUGAAUAUGCAAGUGCCUUCUGCGGCUUGUCAGACGCCACUAAACAUCAGUGGGCUCUUAGCAAAUAGGAAUGUGGUCAUAUUGGGACAGGCUGCAGCCAGAUGUGCACCCUCAGGAGACAACAGAGGAUUUACACAGGACAGAAACCUUAUGAAUGCAGUGAAUGUGCUUAUGCCUUCAGCGGUCAAUUACGUCUUAUUUUAUGUCACAGAAAACCAGUAG